CAUCCAACCAUCCAUCCGGUUAAGCAUUCACCUGCACCUCCAUCUUCCUCACCAUGAGCGGUUACAACACCCCCGACCUGAGAACUCAGGACCUUAAGCAGCCCAUUGAUGUGGCCGAGUACCUCUUCCGUCGUCUGAAGCAGGUCGGCGUCCAGUCCGUCCACGGUCUGCCCGGUGACUACAACCUGGUUGCCCUUGACUACCUGCCCAAGGUUGGCCUUGACUGGGUUGGCAACUGCAACGAGCUCAACGCCGGUUACGCCGCCGAUGGCUACGCCAGGAUUAAGGGUAUCUCCGCCCUCGUCACCACCUUCGGUGUCGGUGAGCUGUCUGCCAUCAACGCCAUCGCCGGUGCCUACUCGGAAUACGUUCCCAUUGUCCACAUUGUCGGUUACCCCUCGACCAAGUCCCAGAAGGAUGGCCUGCUUCUGCACCACACCCUGGGCAACGCCGACUUCAACGUCUUCGCCAAGAUGAGCAAGGAGGUCUCUUGCGAGGUUGCCAUGCUCAACAACGCCCACGAGGCUGCCACCCUGAUCGACGAUGCCAUCAAGAAGUGCUACCUCCUCUCCCGCCCCGUCUACAUUGCCCUGCCCUCCGACAUGGUCGUCAAGAAGGUCGAGGGUGAGAGGCUGAAGACUCCUCUGGACCUCCAGUUCAGCCCCAACAACGCCGAGAAGGAGGACUACGUCGUCGACGUUGUCCUGAAGUACCUCCAGGCCGCCAAGAACCCCGUCAUCCUUGUCGAUGCCUGCGCCAUCCGCCACAGGGCUCUUGAGGAGACCCACGAGUUUGUCGAGAAGUCUGGCCUUCCCACUUUCGUCGCCCCCAUGGGUAAGGGUGCUGUCGAUGAGACCCUUCCCAACUACGGCGGUGUCUACGCCGGUGACGGCUCCAACGAGGGUGUCCGCGAGCGUGUCGAGGGCUCCGACCUUGUCCUUACCAUCGGUGCUAUCAAGUCCGACUUCAACACUGCUGGUUUCACUUUCCGCACCACCCAGCUCAACACCAUUGACUUCCACUCGUACGGUGUUACCGUCAAGUACUCCGACUACCCCGGUGUCCGCAUGAACGGCGUCCUCCGCAAGAUCACCCAGAAGAUGGGCAAGCUCAACAUCCAGGCUGGCCCCACCCCCAACAACACCAUUCCUCAGAAGGAGCAGCAGAGCAGCGACCCCGUCAUCUCCCAGGCCUGGUUCUGGCCCCGUCUGGGUCAGUGGCUGAAGCAGGACGACAUCAUCAUCACCGAGACUGGCACUGCCAACUUCGGUAUCUGGGAGACUCGCUUCCCCAAGGGUGUCACUGCCAUCUCCCAGGUUCUGUGGGGCUCCAUUGGUUACGCCACUGGCUGUCUGCAGGGUGCCGUCCUCGCUGCCCGCGAGAUCAACCGCCCCCGUACCGUCCUGAUCACUGGUGACGGUUCCUUCCAGCUGACGGCUCAGGAGGUCUCCACCCUGAUCCGCAACGACCUUCACCCCGUCAUCUUCGUCAUCUGCAACGACGGCUACACCAUUGAGCGUUUCAUCCACGGCUUUGAGGCCGUCUACAACGACGUCCAGGAGUGGAAGUACAAGGACAUCCCCGCCACCUUCGGUGCUAAGCCCGAGACGACGAGGACGUACCAGGUCAGGACCAAGGACGAUGUCGAGAAGCUCUUUGCCGACGAGGAGUUCGCCUCGAGCAACACUCUCCGCUUCGUCGAGCUGUACAUGCCCAAGGACGACGCUCCUAUGGCGCUCAAGUACACUUGCGAUGCCGCUGAGAAGCGCAACGCUGCUUAAACAAACGGAGUAUGUUCAUUGGGUACCGGGAAUAGACGGGCUUGAUCGAUCAAAUGGGGGUUUGAUUGGGGGCGUUUUUU